AGUCGCUUUUGAAUCUUGACUACACGUACGUGGCUGGGUUUUCAAAAAGUAAUCAAUCAUGGCGCUUAGGCAUUUACUGUUCGUAGUCACCGUUUUCUACUUUGCGUUUGCCAUUGUAACAGCUGAGGAAAAUAAAGAAAACAACCAACCAAAUAUUGUGCCACGUUCGGAAUGGGGUGCCUACAAGCCCAGGAGUCCCAACAACAAGCUCCAGACCCUACCGCCUAACUACGUAAUAAUCAGUCACACUGCCUCUACGGUAUGCUUAACCAAAGACAAGUGCAUCAAACACGUCCGCAAUAUCCAAGAUCUCCACGUAAAGCAACUCGGUUGGAACGACAUAGGCUACAACUUCUUGGUAGGCGGUGACGGUAACGUCUACGAGGGUAGGGGCUGGGACGCCGAGGGAGCCCACACCAAGGGCUACAACGCCAAGAGCAUCGGUAUCGCCUUCAUCGGGGAGUUCACAGGCAAGACGCCGACUCAGGCGCAGGUCGACGCUGCCAAGCAACUUCUGGAGUUGGGACUCGCCGAGAAAAAACUCGCGGCUAACUACAAGCUGUUGGGACAAAACCAGGUCAAGGCUACCCAGAGUCCUGGUACCAAGGUUUACGAGAUCAUCAAGACCUGGGACCACUGGGCGGAAAGUCCUUGAGUAGGAUGGUUAUGAGGGAACUUCGGCGUCGUGAUCUUUGUAGAAUUGAGAUAUGUUAUAAAGAGCGCUUCUUGUGAGAGUUUAUUUUUUAAUCAAUAUUGUGAUUUUUGUUUAUAAUAAAAUGUUUGCUGAUUAUAUGAAAAGAA